AUGCGGGUGGAGUUUAAAUUCGAAUACCCAUAUCCGUUCAUGACAUUUGAUGCUGCAAAGGCGGCUGCAAGGAGUUAUGAUUACAUUGUGGUUGGAGGAGGUGCAGCUGGGUGUCCCCUGGCUGCAACUCUCUCACAGCACUACUCUGUUUUGCUAUUGGAGAGGGGAGACUCUCCCUAUGGAAAUCCCGAUGUGGAGGAUUUCAGAGCCUUUUUCAAGCUUUUGGGGGGUCCCAAAAAUUAUCCAGAUGUAGCGCAGGGCUUUGUGUCAGAAGAUGGAAUGCAAUUGGUAAGGGGGAGAGUUUUGGGAGGUGGAACAGCCAUCAACGCUGGCUUCUACAGCAGGGCGAGCUCUGAAUAUAUAGGGAAAAUGAAAUGGGAUAAGAAACUUGUGAAUGAAUCGUAUGAAUGGGUGGAGAAGUUAAAUGUCUUCAAACCAGAGAAGCUUUCUACUAUUAAUUCUGCUAUCAAGGAUGGGCUUAUUGAAGCAGGAAUUCUUCCAUACAAUGGAUAUAGUUUGGAACAUUUGGAGGGCACCAAGAUCGGUGCUUCAAUUUUUGACAAGAAUGGAAAGAGACAUACAGCCGCAGAUCUUCUCCAGUAUGCAAAUCCACACAAUAUUGUAGUUCUUCUGAAUGCUACAGCCAGCAAAGUCCUUUUCAAGAAGGCAUCAGGAAAGCCUAAGGCUAUUGGAGUGAACAUAACGAGUGGUAUUGAUGGUUUGCAUAUUCAAGUAUUACUUAAUAAAUUGUCAACCAAGAAUGAGGUGAUUUUGUCAGCAGGAACUCUAGGCAGCACUCAACUUCUACUAUUAAGUGGAAUUGGUCCAGUACAACAACUUAAAAAGUUGAAUAUACCUAUUGUUUUAGAUUUACCCUCAAUAGGAAAAAAUGUUCAAGAUAAUCCUAUUGUAAAUUUCAUAAUAGAAUCAUCCAAACCACUUGAAUUUGCUACUACACAAGUAGUAGGCAUUCUAGAUGAUUCAAAUCUCUACAUUGAGCCUCUUAGCUUUCCCCAGCAAAAUAAUGCUACAAACACACAAUAUUUAGGUUUUGUUGCAGAUAAUGGACAUUCAAAAAUACUUCGAUUCUUGGGGACCGCAUUGCCAAAGAAUAUAUCAAAUGAUGAUUCCUUGGCCAAGUUCUGCAAAGAUACACUAAGUACAAUUUUCCAUUACCAUGGGGGUUGUCAGGUUGAUUUGGUUGUUGACAAAAGAUAUCAAGUCAAAGGUGUUGAUAAUCUAAGAGUUGUGGAUGGCUCAAUCUAUAAGGAUUCUCCUGGCACUAAUCCACAAGCCACUACCAUGAUGCUUGGAAGGUAUAUGGGAGUUAAUAUCAUUCAAGGACGCAUGAAGACCUAA